AUGGCGGACGCUGAUGGCUCCAGCUCUGCCAUGGCUGCCUCUCAGCUCACCGAUCCUCGAUCUGACAACCUUCAGGACAAAAACUUAACGUCUUCAGCUCCUCAUGAUCCUACUGCGUCAAAACGACCUCGUGAUGCUCGUCUUAUACAUAUGAUCUUAGCCCAGUAUGGCGUCACGGCUUAUCAAGAGCGUGUCCCUCUGCAACUCAUGGACUUCGCUUAUCGUUACACGUCCUCCACUCUACAGGAUGCUUUACAUCUUAGUAACGAAGGCUACGGCAAUGCUGGUUCCGGCAUUGGAACAAGCACUGGAGGCGGUAAAUCCGGAGCGGAAGGCAAUACACUAAACCUUGCAGCCUUGAGACUCGCAAUCCAUUCAACAUCUCAUUACCAAUACAAUCCUUCUCUCCCAAAAGAGUUCUAUAUGAAUCUUGCCCAAGAAAAGAACAAGAUCGGCUUGCCUUCUGUGCAGAAAGAAUGGGGUAUGAAAUUGCCACCUGAGCAGUAUCUAUUGACUGGACAGCACUGGGAGAUGGCCGAAGAAUUCGAUAUGAUUGAUGGGGAGGAAAUGGGUAAUCGAGAUAUGUCCAUGCGGGACCAAGAGGACGCCGAUCAAGGGGACGGUGAAGUGGAAGGUGGAACCAUGGAAGACAUAUUUGGGUCAGGUGGAGAUGGGGCUGCUAAUGAAGGGGACGACCGAAUGCUAGAAUAG